AUGUCAAUACCAGGCACAUCCGGUGCUGCUCCAGCUGCCGACGACGCUGCUGUGCUGUCUACUGUCGCCCGUCCUGCCUUCAUUGGCUCUGACCUGGAGCUUUGGCUACUGCAGCUCAGCAGCUACUUCAUGGCAUGCCGAAUAACUGCAUCUGCCAUGAAGUACCACCGUGCCAUGUCGAAGCUACCACCUACUGUCAACAUGGAAGUGCGCGACAUCCUCACGGCACCCCCGGCGGAGACGCCUUUCCAGAAAUUGUGUUUGGCAUUACGGGCGCGGCUGGGCACAUCGUCUCGACAGCGUAUGCAGCAGUUGUUAUGGGGCGAAUUCCUUAACGACCGCAAACCUUCCCAGCUCCUGCGAAGCCUCCGCCACUUGCUCUCCACCACAGGCACCACAUCGGAAGACCUCAUUUUCCGUCCGUUGUUCCUACAGCGUUUGCCAUCCAACGUUCAGGCAGGACUAUCCACGUUUUGA